AUGCCACUAACAGAAGAUCAAAAACAGAUUCUCAAGUCGACGUCACCUAUUUUCAAAGAAAAUGGCAAGGAAAUCACAUCGAUUCUUUACAAGCAUAUGUUUGCUGAUCAUCCUGAAUUACUAGAUAUAUUCAAUCGAACAAAUCAAAAAAAUGGCACUCAACCAUUUGCUUUGGCAAACACGGUCUAUUUGGCGAUUGAAAAUAUCGAUAAUUUGGAUGUACUUAUGCCUCAAUUUUUAUUAAUCGCUCAUAAACAUCGCGCAUCAACUGUUCGGCCAGAACAUUAUCCAAUUGUUGGUAAAUAUUUGCUCGUUGCAAUCGACGAAUUUCUCGGUGGAAUGGGCGAUCCUGCUAUUCUUAAUGCGUGGUCAGCUGCUUACAAAAUUAUCGCUUCGGCUUUUAUCGAAAUCGAAAACAAACUCUACGAUGAGCUUGGUGAUAAGUAUGAACAAGGUUUCCUUCCAUUUAAAAUCACCAAGAAAGAAGUCGUUGCCAGUGGACCAGUUGUUGCCUUUACUCUUGAACGUGAUGAUGGAAAAAAAUUACGCGAAUAUCAUUCCGGACAAUAUAUAACUCUUCGUAUCAAAAAAGAUGGUUUAUUGCACAUUCGUCACUAUAGUCUCAUCCAACCGUUCGAUGGGAAAACUUAUCGUAUCGCAAUUAAACAAGAUGCUGAUCAUGAACCGAAAGGUAUCGUCUCAAAUGAAAUGAUUAAUAAGAAUAAAGUUGGAGAUAUCGUGACAUUAAGUCUGCCAGCUGGCACCUUUGAAUUAGUACCAAAUGGUAAACACCAUUUAUUUAUUGCUGGUGGAAUUGGCAUCACAGUUUUAUCUGCAAUGAUACACGAUUUACAUAAGCAGGGUAAAUCAGAUCAAGCAGCAUUAAUUCAUUGUGUCUCAAAUGAAGGUCAGGCAGUGUUUGCUGACGAAAUGCGUCGAAUUCUCUCUAACGAUCAAUAUUAUCUACUUCUUCAAAGUAGACAUCUUGCCAAAGACAUGAUUAAGAAAAUAAUUACACCCGAAACUGAGGUUUAUAUAUGUGGUUCAGUUCCAUUUAUGAAUAAAGUGGAAGAGUAUCUCUCACAAUUUGGCCAUCCAUUGUCUCAAAUUCAUAUUGAAGCUUAUCAACCAUCGCUCAGUUUAAUUAAAGAUGCAGUUAAAAAUCAUUCAGGAACGAAGUCAUUAUGA